AUGGCAGCUUCCAUAUGGCGGAGCUGCGGCGGCAAGGGGUCGGCGAGGCUGCUGCUGGGGGCAUGGCCGGUGCUGAGCGCUGGCGUGUGUCCCCCCGUCCGAGGAGCCUGGAGGCGUCUGCACAAUACCCGAGAGCUGCUGGGUAUACCUGGUAUUAAAGUUCUCAUGCCUGCACUUUCUCCUACAAUGGAAGAAGGAAACAUUGUGAAAUGGUUAAAAAAGGAAGGUGAAACAGUAAAUGCUGGAGAUGCAUUGUGUGAAAUUGAAACAGACAAAGCAGUGAUUACCAUGGAAUCAAGUGAUGAUGGCAUAUUGGCUAAAAUACUGGUGGGAGAAGGAAGCAAAAAUGUACGCUUGGGCUCUCUAAUCGGUCUGCUGGUAGAGGAAGGACAGGACUGGAAGCAAGUUGAAAUACCAGCUGAUGGCAGCGAUCCAUCUUCUCUGGCUCCUCCAGUAACUGUGCCUACGUCAACUCCUCCAGCUCCUUCAGUUUCCGCCCCUCCUAAACUGGAACAUCAACCUGGAAAAUUGCAGGUUCGUUUAAGUCCUGCAGCUCGCAACAUUCUGGAGACACAUGGGCUAGAUCCAAGCAAUACUGCACCUUCUGGGCCUCGAGGAAUCUUCACGAAAGAGGAUGCUCUCAAACUUCUGCAAGAGAAGCAGAAGGGCAAACCCAGUGAACUGAAACCUCUGGUUUCUCCAGCUCCUCCACAGACUACUGCAGUACCUUCUGCUUCACAAGCAACAGCAGUGACUUCUGCUUAUCCAAGGCCAGCAGUUUCCACACCAGGACAACCUGCUGCACUGGGCACGUUCACAGAAAUCCCGGCUAGCAACAUCCGAAGAGUUAUUGCUAAGAGAUUAACAGAGUCUAAAACUACUAUACCUCAUGCAUAUGCUGCUGCUGACUGUGAAAUCGAUGCUAUUUUGAAAAUAAGAAAAGAAUUGGCCAAAGAUGACAUUAAAGUAUCUGUAAAUGAUUUUAUUAUCAAGGCAACUGCAGUUACUCUGAAGCAAAUACCAGAUGUGAAUGUAACCUGGGAUGGAGAAGUCUGCAGACAGCUGCAGUCCAUUGACAUUUCUAUUGCUGUGGCAACAGACCGAGGUCUUAUUACACCAAUCAUAAAAGAUGUUGCUGCCAAGGGAAUAAAGGAAAUUGCUGCCUCUGCAAAGGCUCUAGCAAAGAAAGCACGAGAUGGAAAGCUGUUACCAGAAGAUUACCAGGGAGGAUCUUUUAG